GGAUCCGGGUCCGGGUUCGGAUUCGGGGCAAGGUAAGGCUCAAGGUCUCGGAUGCAGGCCGUGGUCGGGACCGGGGACGGAGUCGGGCGCGAGGCCGGAGGCCGGUCAAGUCGGAGGCUCUGCGCGCGGAGCGGCCAGGACCUCGGGGUGGCAGUGCCCGCGGAGACGCCGCCGGGGACCAGCCGGGGGCCAGCGGCGCCGAGCGCACCGCCAGGAAGCAGAGGAGCAAGAUGGGGAGAAGAAACGGAGACAGCAGCGGCACCAGCCUGCGCGCGGCCCGCAGCUCCGGGGAGAACGGUAAACAAGGGGUAUUCCAGUUACGGAGUUUUCCUCUUGACGGAAGAAGCAUCGCGGAGGACAGGGAUUUCAGAAGAUCUUCGAUGGAGACGGGCUAUCACGUGACCAGUAGUCCCACAAUGCUGCUCGCAGAGAGCCACUCCCGAGCAGCUGCCUCGGUGGGCCAGCGGGUGAGCGCCUGCCCUGGCCUGGGGGCGCCGGCAGGUCUCUGCUGGCCGCACGCCGACGGAGACUUUUGCAAAGACAGAAACGAGCCUCAGGUGAAUUUAUGCUCAGCUGUAGAAAACAACAGUGGGGACAUUUUAACCACUCCGACUUGGGAUCUGAAGUGUGGACGCAGCAGUGUGGAGGAAGGUUCAACAGAUGAAAGCGACUUGCCAGGAAACGAGAGAGCAAACGAAGCUUUACUCAGCUAUUUUAAAAAGAUGGGCCUGAGCUUAAAGCCAGAAACAAUAGAAAGUGUUGAUGACUUUUUCACCGAAGAGCCGAGCGCCGCGUUCCCAUAUCCUGACCUGCUGCCCCCGCCUUUCGGCGCCCUGGACCUGCACAGGUUAGCCUUCUCCAGGUCUGCAAACUGGACAAUGACAGCGGCGCUUCCAGAAAGCUCCCUGGAGCCUUUGAUAACUCUGUUACUGGAAAUGGAACGACUGCAGCAUGUGACAAUUCAAAAAGAAAGGCCGAGACUGCAGACCCCGCGCUGCACUCCCGGAGCCCCUGAAAGACCCUCUUCUUCCAAACCCGUUCCCAAAACGAGGCAGCCCAGGCUUUCUGACUCUUUGAGUCUUCAGACAACUUGUGCAGAUAAAAGUCAUGAAAAAAGCAAGAGCGAUCCUGGUUCUUGUAAGCUUGAGUGCAGCACAUCCAGGUGGACUGGAUGGAGCAGUGCUGGUAGGUACAGGUGGGGUUCUAGACCAUCUCUGAGAAGCUCCUCCACCACAAAGCAAGUGACGGCCACUUAUGACGACUCUAAGAACCCCAGAAGUGCCACUUUAAACCCAGGCCAAGAGCUCUCAGCCAAGCCUGCUCCUGCCCGGGCAGCUCAAUUGCUGGUUAAAAUGGUCCCAACCCGAUGUCUGCCACCAAAGUCUCCUAUACCAGUUGCACCUAUAUCUCUGUCUUUUCCCGAAAAUGAGAGGGAAGGAGCUAAGGUACCAAGGACCCAAAAGAAACUUUACCGAAAAAACGUGGUGUUGAACAAACCAUUCUGUGCUCAGAAGCUAAACUGUCUGUCGUCUUCGUUGAUAGAGAAGGACAAGUGCUCACCCAUCGACCAGAAAUAACUCUUUUCUUCCCUGCUUCUCAAUGUGAGCAGGUCUACUCCAGGAAUCCCGGCUGAAGCAUGGUCACUCACCCUGAGCUACGGGCCAGAAACACCCAUGCCCUCCACGCGGUUCCUGGCUGCGCCGGGGAGUAGAACUUGAGACCCAGCUGAGAUGUCGACAGGGAAACCUGGGGGCUUCCCUGCCGACCCCCUGGACAGCCUCCCACACGUUACGUUUCAAAGGUAGUUUCACUGAGAAAACUAGUCAAGAUGGUCCUUUUGUUGUGAUUGUUUUCCCGUAUAAUUCCAUCAAUAAAUGGUGCCGUCGACUUA